AUGCACGAGAGAGGAGUGGUAGAGGAGCAGCUUCGACGGUACCUGAUCGCGGUAGACAAGCUAUAUCAGGGAAGCGAAGAAAAGGUCGCUCAGCGUAUAUUGCUGUUGCGAAUACAAGCACGAAUGUACUACGGCAUACUCCUUCAACGUUUCCCCUGCACAAGUUCUGGACAGUCGUCCAUCAUCAUCCAUCCCUUAUCGCCGUUAAAUGUUCAGUCCUAUCCAGCUCCUGAAGACUGGAUUGAUACUGCACUCUCAGAAAUAUCGAUUCUUCUUGAUGCCUCAAAAUCUCCUGCUUGCAGAAGUCGACCCUUUACGUUAUCGACCCAGCUUGUCGGAGGCCUGCUACAUGCCGGUCUCAAGACGACUCAUCAGCACACAAUGAAGACUGCGCUGAAUCUCCUGCAACACCCCAACUUCCCAAGCCGAGACGGGCUGUGGGAUGCUAAAGCGACCGAAUCUGCCAUUCGCAGCCUUCUGGCGCAGGUCAGUGCAGAGCAAGAUGCGGGCGACAGAGUUUUGUUCGUUUCAACCUUAGAUGAACCCGGUCAGAUGGUUAGCUAUGGAAGAUGA